UGCAAUUGUCAACAAAUAUUGUCUUAAAGAGUUAUUUCAUUGUUAUUAUUUGUUUGUUUAUAGAGUAUUCAUUUUUAAAACGCCGUUGAAGCAGUUUUCCAUUGCUUGCGUCACAUCACCUAUUAUAACAUCGGAUACUUUUUAGAUUACUGUAAAAGUAAAAAGUUGAACUCCACCUGAAGAUGGUUUAUUUGCAUUUUCCCUCCCAAUUAACUGAAGAGGAGGAAAUGUUGAAAAAGAAAUACGAAAAACUUAGGCGUAAGAAAAAGGCACUUCAGAAUUUAAAUGCACCCAAGCAAGAGCCACCUCCACCAAAACCCCUCAUACGUCAACAUGACAGCAAUACUCCCAAACCGGACGCUAAAGAAGUCGCAAAGAAACUUUUGAAGUCUGGCGCUAUUAGUGCAAUAAAAGUAGAAACUAAGGAGCGCCAAGGAUUCAAGCGUCCCAAAGCGCUAGAAAGAAAACGAAAUGCUUGCGAACGAAUGAACUCCUCUGUUACUGGUUACCAGCCAUUUUCUGCUUCCCACUCACUGGAUGAGGACCCACCUAGUGUUGCACCACCUGCAGAGGUGACUUCUUCACCCGGAAGUGGGCGACCACCAGUCAAGAAACUCUACGAGAGUUUCGUCAGCUCUCGUAAACUUGAGGAUGAAGUCAAAGAAGAUCGUGUUCGAGAAAUCCAAAGACGAGAAAGGGAUCGAGAUGGCCGACCAGAGAGACCACGCCAGGGCAACACCGUCUAUGUGCGUGGAUACGGUGUCACACAAGAGAUACUCCAGAAGGCAUUCAAUUCCAUCGGGAACAUCAUCAAUAUCUCUAUGGAGAUGGACAAGAAUUGUGGAUUUGUCACAUUUGAGAAAAUAGAGCAGGCUGAGAAAGCCAUUAAAGAGAUGAAUGGCAUUGUUACGGGUGGUGUGCGCUUGACUGUAUCGCUAGCUAGACGACAACCCUUGAUUCCACCUUUGGGUGAAGACUCCUCAUCCGUAUCCUGGGCUUCUCUUGCAGUGAAUUUUCCCCAAAAAGGAAAUCAUGAAGACAGCAGAAGUUUAAUUGUCUAUGAUGAUAUUUGAAUGCCUUCGACAUUUCCAAGUGUUUUAUCAUUUAGCUGUCUAUAAAAUUCUAUGCUAUACAAGGGGAAAUUUGGGCAUAUUGGUCGGCUUCUUUACUUUUAAUUUCUUAUUUUAUCAAAAAAUUAAAUAAACAGUUUGAUUUUCUUCUACAAAUUUCAUUAAAUAGUACUCAUCAUCCCAGAUUUUUUUUUUUUUUUGAAAAUGUUCAAUUCAUUAACAUUUUUAUGUUAUCUUUUUAACAAAAUUCUGUGAAAUGGACCUAUGUGCCCCAGACAUGGGAUACGUUGGUCCACAGUUAGAAAACAUCUUACUACGACAAUUUUAAUGAGAAGUAAUUAAAUAUUUUUGUAGCUAACUUAUGGGGAUCUUCGGCGUAAGGCUGCCCAUUCGCGCCCUGUGACGUAGGCUGGUGAUGUUUCAGAAGAGCGCACUUUUACGCGUGGGUUUUUAAAAAUUCAUUAAAAAUCAACCACAGUGUUUUAAAAUUCGGUGAUGGUGAAUUUUUUAGUUUUGAGGGUCAAUUAACAAUAUCCAAUAGCCAAAAUAUGAACAUUUAAUAGGUUGCAACUUCCCUAUUAUGAUAAUACAGAUGCACGCCGUGUGCGGAUACAUUUGAUGCUAUGCAGAUACAUUUGCAUAGAUAUGUGCUUUGACUGAAAAUUGAAGAACAUCCAUAUUAAACACUGAUUCCCUUCAAAAUUUGAAGAUAAAUUUAUGAAAAAUGUUUGUUAUUGCUUUCACGAAUACAUGAUUGAAAGCCAAAGGCAUUUUCUUACUAAACAUUUCACCUACCUACUGCAUGUUGAUUUUUAUUCCUGCAGAUAAGUUAUGUGCACAGAUACUUUAUAUUUUUAUAUUAAAAGAACUUCCUUUAGAAGAGGAGCUCAAUUUAUUACCUAUUCUUUUAAAAACCAUUUUAAAGGAAUGAAGUUGCAGACUUCUGAAAAUUAGUCAGUACUGAAAAAUGGCAAUAAAAUUUGUUUCUGAAACAAAAUUUGUUAAAUAUAACUGCCCUUAUACUUUGCUAUAGGAUUUGUAGAACUGUAGGCACUAUUUGUUGAUUUUGAAUUAAAUUAUUGCACCGGUUCAACGUGCCCCAACUGUCCUAAUUUGUUGUGAAUAGUUUUGAUACCUACUGUUUUUCAAAAAUCAUGCCAAAUCAUAAAAUGCAGUUUUGUGAAUUCAAUAGGGUGGUGGAAUAAAUGAAUGAGGAAAUUACUCUGAUAAUCCACAAAAUAGCUGAAAUUGAACAAAAAUUCAUUUAAAAUGCAUUAAAAAAAAUUUUAUGUGUAAUAUAAAUUCUUAAAUGUUAAUUUAUGACUUUAGUUUGUGUGAAAAAAGUCAUUUAAUUGUUUUUUAUUUGUUUUAAAAUGCUUCUUUAUUUGAGAUUUAUUAGCUACAAAUACGAAGAAAGGCAUUUUGGAUUCCUUUUUAACAACUGAAAAUGCUGAAAUGAAAUUUUUGCUUUUAAAUCGAAAGGAAGAAAUAAUGUUGAUUUUUGACAAUCUGGUGCAAACAUUGCAUGCUUAUUUAUUUAAUUUUUUAAAAGAGAAAUUGGAAUUCAAUUUGAGUUUAUGUUGUAUGAACUUCUCGGAACUUGUUUCAAAGAUUAAAAACGGAGGAGGACGACAUUCCUGUUUAGUGGGACAAAAUAUAGUAGCUUACACCUACUGUGCCACCCUAGGCUAAGAACUUUAAACUAUCUUUUUGUUCUCAAUCAUUAUAAACAAUGAAAUUUCUGUGAUGUAUAAUAUUUUAACUAAUUUGAAUUUGAGUAAAUUUUUUAUUUUCUUUCAAGAAAAGAGGAACCUGCUCUAUGCAUAUAUCAAUCUAACAUUUUGUUGUAUUUUAUGAUGAAAAUUGCAUUUACAUACAUAGUGUUGUAGAGGUCUGCUUCAUUUACUACCUUUCAGCACAUAUUGUUUUGGGAAAAGUCAACUUUGAAAGUGAGAUAGCUGUUUUGUUUAACAUUUUUGAAUCAUUGUUCAUAAAUUAGAUAAUCACUAUACAAAUCAUUAUCAUAAAACAAAGCAUUUUCCUUUCAUCAAAUUUUUUGAAUUUUUUAAUGAAAAGUUCAAAGUUGUACAUUUUUAGUACUUUCAUAGAGACCCAGCAUACACAUUAAGUUGUUCAUUUUCACAUUUUAAAAGAAAUGUCAAUCAUAUUCAAAGAUCAAGGCAAAAUGUGAUUAAUUCACUUCAGAUUCUGAGUGAAGGCUUUGGGUUGGCAAUUUUACUGUUAUCUUUAUUUCUUGUGAAAAUGAGAUGAAUUGAAAUUUAUCAAUUAGUAUUGUAAAUUUUGUUUUGCUGCUAGUAAAGAUGGAUUUGUUGUGGUGGAAAUUUGGUUUAUACUUAUCAAAGUUUAUGUAAUAUGCAAUGCUAUUUGAUUUUCAUGACUCUCACAAUCAACAGAAAGCCAAACUUAAUUUUUUACUGAGGAUAGGGUUGAAUUUUUGAAUUUAAAAGUGAAUGUUUAGUGCCUUCCCGUGGUUUAUAAUCUGGCAGUAUAUUACAAGAGGCCCUGAAAGCCAAGUCAGUAGUGCUAUGUAUAUUUCUUUAAAUAUAAUCCUCAAAUUAUACAAAUUAAUUCUCUCAUUUGUUUUACAAAAGCAUUGCAUUAAAUAUAAUCAGUCACUUUUUUUCAUCUAUUUUUUUUCUGCAUAGAAAAAAGAAAGUACCUAUGAAAUGACUCUUUAUGUUUUAAAUUAAUAAGUUAAUCUAUUGCAUAUUUAACAAAACAUUUCAUAAAUGACCCAAUUUGAUGAUUUUUGUCCUUAUAUGUGUUUAUUGAUGAUGUUAGUGUUAUGAUAAAAUCUAUUGUGUGUAUAAUUUAAUAUUUAUUUUCAAUUAUUAAUUUUAAUAGUGAAUGAACUUUGUAAACUAAACUUAGAUUAAUCUACUCAAUAUAUAGUAUUACAGUAAGCUUUCAAUUACUUGACUUGCAACAAAGCCUCUGUGCUGUCCCCCUUGUAAAAAAAAAGAAAAAAAAAGAGGAAUAUUGGAAGCGGCUGUGCGCUAUUACUUUUUGGUCAAUUUUUGCACAUGGCAAUGCUUGUUUUUACCAAGAUGAGAAUUUCUAGCAUGAAAAUUUGUAUUUUCAAUUAGGAGCUGUCUAUAAAUGAUGUCACACUUCAUUUGAACAUAUUUGAUCCCCCC